AUGACCAUGACGUCCAAGGAUGUGGAAGCACCGAGGAUGACACUGAGAACCCCCUCUAUACCAGACGACGAGAAGAGCAGCCCGCAGAUACAACAUGGAGAGGUCGAAGAUGCAGCAAUCGUAGCUGCACUACAAGGCUAUGUGCCAGGUACCGCGGAAGAAAAACGUUUGGUACGAAAGAUUGACUUCGUAUUCCUUCCAAUCCUUUGGUGGAUGUACAUCCUUGCGCAUCUCGACAGGAGCAACAUCGCCAACGCCAACGCGGCGGGUAUGAGCGAGGAUCUUGGACUCUCUGACAACCGUAAGCGUCUGAAUGCAGAAUACUAA